GCGUUUAGAAGCCCCAAUAUAAAGCACAUAACACCUCACUUUAGAGUCAAGUGAUGGUACAUAGGUGGACGGUGGAGUAUAUAACGAGAAUUGAGCUCGGUAUAUUGGGCAUUAUCAGAGGCAUUCAAUGUAAUGAUCCUCCUCUGCUCUGAUUAUAUCACUUUUUUCACUCGGGUUUUGCUCCUGGAUUUUUAAACGGAUGUUCGGUCCACGCGACGGUGAAAUCGCGUUCAUUCGGGAAUUUAUUUUGCCGGGAGUGAUACGACAUUGGGUCGUGAUGAUAAGAGUUCUUUCUUUCAACUAUUCUGAAGUUUUUACGUGAAUAAUUCCGAGUUAUGGUGCGGCGCAGUUAUCGAGUGAUUGCAGAAGUAAACGAUCCGGAGAAUAAUGACAGAGGCUCGACGAUCAUGGAGCAGGAUAAUUCCAGUCGGUUUAAUCGGGAGUGCGGUGAGAAAAAAUUGUACAAGGAGAGGCGGCUGAUGAUUGUCGUUGUGUUGUUGGUGGUCGCUGUGAUUGCUCUCGUGGCGACGCUUUGUCUACAGAUGACGAUUUUUAAUUCGAGGUGGGAGGAGGGGGAAAUGUGCCAAAGUGAUGAAUGUAUUAGAACAGCUGCGAGAAUGAUUGAAGGAAUGAACAGGACAGUAGCUCCUUGCGAGGAUUUUUACAAAUUCGCCUGCUCAGGCUGGGUCGCCAGAAAUCCAAUACCUCAGACUCAAACUUCCUGGGACCAACUGAGUCUUCUGAGAGAAGAGUUGUUACAGAAUCUCAGGAUUCUGCUUGAGGAACCCGAUCGAGAGGAUGAUUUGCGCCCUGUCAAGCUGGCCAGGGCCCUUUAUAGAACGUGCAUGGAUACUGAAAGUGUUGAAAAAUUGGGACUGAAACCUAUAUUCAAGAUUCUCUCUCUAGUCGGUUUAUCCCGAGACCCUCCGUCGAUGAAUGCCCUGGAAAAUAACACUGAGAUUGACCUAGAUGUAGUAAGAAUAGCGGGAGUGGCCCGGAGACACUUGGGUCUCAAUCUUUUCGUGAAUUUCUACAUAAGCGAGGACAUUCGUGACACGACUCAAAAUCGGAUGAUGAUGGAGCAGGUUUCGCCGGGAUUUAGCGAGCGAUAUCUCACCGAUCCCAUUCGAUUCAAAUCAGAACUUAUGGAAUACAAGCGUUACGUCAAAGAGAUGGUGGAACUAGCAGGCAUGACUCCUGAAAAUAGUACAGCAUUCGCCGAUGAGAUACUCGACUUCAGUACGCAAAUAGCAAAGACACUGGCAACGCCGGAGGAGAGGAGAAGCUCGAAUCAUUUGCUCCAUGACGUGACUGUCAGUGACCUUCAAGCAUUGACUGAUGCACUUGCAUUGAGAUGGAACUGGACGGAGUAUCUUGAGGUCGUGUUCGAGAAUACAGACAUUGUUUUGGAUACGGAUGUGGACAGGGUUCUGAUUAUGGAUCUGGAAUAUUUGCAGAAGCUACCUCAGCUUUUGAACAAUACUCCGCCUGCUACUAUCGCUCGAUUCGUCUGGUGGAGUGUGUACUCGACAGUUGCGCCUUUAACCCUCCAAAAAUUCCGAGAUUUGGGAUUUCAGUUCUCUCAAAAGAUUUUCGGACUGAAGGAGAAGACUCCGAGGUGGAAGGGUUGCACUGGAAACGUUAAUGCAAACUUCGGGAUGGUUCUGACCAAUAUUUAUGUGCAGAGACAUUUCAAUGAGGAGUCGAGGGAAAAGGCACUGGAGAUGUUCCUCGACAUCAGAGCAGCAUUCGACGAGAUGGUAUCGGAAUUGAAUUGGAUGGACGCAGGAACGCGAGCUAGGGCGCACAAGAAGCUGUACGCAAUGCGGCCAUUCGUGGGCUUCCCCCAAUGGAUAAACGCGCCCGAGAAAUUAAACAAAUUCUACGAGGGAGUUGAAGUAAUCCCUGGCCAGCUCUUCGAGACCUUCCUAAGACUGACUGACGUAGGAGUGAAAAAGACACUAAACAGUUUGCGGGAAAAGCCGGACAAGGACAGGUGGAUAUCCUCAGGAACCACAGUUAAUGCCUUUUACAGUGCAACCUUAAACUCCGUCACGUUUCCAGUGGGCAUCCUACACCCUCCAUUCUACGGUAAUGGACUAGAAUCAAUAAAUUACGGAGCUAUGGGCGCGAUAAUGGGCCAUGAACUCACACAUGGAUUUGAUGAUCAAGGGCGUAGAUACGACGAGAACGGUAAUCUUCGUCAAUGGUGGAGCAACGAGACAUUGCAGCAUUACCACGAGAAAGUCGAGUGUAUCAUCAAACAGUACAGCAGCUAUCAUUUGCCGGAACUGAGUAACAAUUUCACGAUUAAUGGAAUCAAUACGCAGAGCGAGAACAUUGCGGAUAAUGGGGGGAUACGGGAGGCUUACAGGGCUUAUCAGCGACUCAAGUCGAGGGGUUUAAAGAAACAGGCAUUGCCCGGCUUAUCUGACUACUCCCAGGAUCAACUGUUCUUCCUGGGAUUCGCUCAAGUUUGGUGUGGAAAUUAUACGAAUGGGGCUUUGAAGUCUAAGCUCAUUGAGGGGACACAUGCACCCAAUCAAUUCAGGGUCAUUGGGACGUUAUCUAAUAACGAGGAGUUUGCGAAGGCGUGGAAUUGCCCGCUCGGGAGUCCCAUGAACCCACCGCAUAAAUGUAUACUUUGGUAAAAUAAAGACGCAUGAAAAAUGGAAA